GGGGACCGGGGACCCGGCAUGGCGCUGCGGAGAGGCGGCGGUGGGGCGCUGGGGCUGCUGCUCCUGCUGGGCGCCGCUUGCCUGGUCCCGCGGAGCGCGCAGGUGAGGCGGCUGGCGCGCUGCCCCGCCACUUGCAGCUGUACCAAGGAGUCCAUCAUCUGCGUGGGCUCCUCCUGGGUGCCCAGGAUCGUGCCGGGCGACAUCAGCUCCCUGAGCCUUGUCAAUGGAACGUUUUCGGAAAUCAAGGACCGAAUGUUUUCCCAUCUGCCUUCUCUGCAGCUGCUAUUGCUGAAUUCUAACUCAUUCACGGUGAUCCGGGAUGAUGCGUUUGCUGGCCUUUUUCAUCUUGAAUACCUGUUCAUUGAAGGAAACAAGAUAGAAACCAUUUCAAGAAAUGCCUUUCGUGGGCUCCGUGACCUGACUCACCUGUCUUUGGCCAAUAACCACAUUAAAGCACUACCAAGGGACGUCUUUAGUGAUUUAGACUCUCUGAUUGAACUAGAUUUAAGGGGGAAUAAAUUCGAAUGUGACUGCAAAGCCAAGUGGUUGUAUUUGUGGUUGAAGAUGACCAAUUCUACGGUGUCCGAUGUGCUGUGCAUUAGCCCCCCCGAAUAUCAGGAGAAGAAGCUUAACGACGUGACCAGCUUUGACUAUGAAUGUACAACUACAGAUUUCGUGGUUCACCAGACCUUGCCCUACCAGUCGGUGUCCGUGGACACAUUCAGCUCCAAGAACGACGUGUACGUGGCCAUCGCACAGCCCAGCAUGGAGAACUGCAUGGUGCUGGAGUGGGACCACAUCGAAAUGAAUUUCCGGAGCUACGACAACAUCACAGGCCAGUCCAUCGUGGGCUGCAAAGCCAUCCUCAUUGAUGACCAGGUCUUUGUGGUGGUGGCCCAGCUCUUCGGCGGCUCUCACAUUUACAAAUACGAUGAAAGCUGGACCAAGUUUGUCAAAUUCCAAGACAUCGAAGUGUCUCGCAUCUCCAAGCCCAACGACAUCGAGUUGUUCCAGAUCGAUGAUGAAACGUUCUUCAUCAUCGCCGACAGCUCUAAAGCAGGGUUGUCAACGGUCUACAAGUGGAACAGCAAAGGCUUCUACUCCUACCAGUCCCUGCAUGAGUGGUUCCGAGACACAGAUGCCGAGUUUGUUGAUAUCGACGGGAAAUCGCACCUCAUCUUGUCCAGCCGCUCCCAGGUGCCCAUCAUCCUCCAGUGGAAUAAGAGCUCUAAGAAGUUCGUCCCGCAUGGCGACAUCCCCAACAUGGAGGACGUGCUGGCUGUGAAGAGCUUCCGGAUGCAGAACACCCUGUACCUGUCGCUCACCCGCUUCAUUGGGGACUCUCGGGUCAUGAGGUGGAACAGUAAGCAGUUUGUAGAGGUCCAGGCGCUGCCAUCCCGGGGCGCCAUGACUCUGCAGCCCUUUUCUUUUAAAGAUAAUCACUACCUGGCCCUGGGGAGCGAUUACACGUUCUCACAGAUAUACCAGUGGGAUAAAGAGAAGCAGCUGUUCAAGAAGUUCAAGGAGAUCUACGUGCAGGCCCCUCGCUCCUUCACAGCUGUGUCCACCGAUAGGAGAGAUUUCUUUUUUGCAUCCAGUUUCAAAGGAAAAACAAAGAUUUUUGAACACAUCAUUGUUGACUUAAGUUUGUAAACGUGCCAUGGGUGAGAUUUAAACAGACCAUGUAGCGUUAGCUCUCAUAAGAGAGGGCCAAGAAGAAAUAAAGUAAUAAAAUAACAUAAGCCAGGCUCAGAGCUCUGAAAUCCAACUUUAAAAUGCACUGGGGAAAUAGUUAGAUGUUUUCAAACUUUUAGGACUCACAUUUUAAUCAGGGGUAGCAUUUAUCGGCUAACUGCAUGACAUGCCCAUUCUAUCAUUUUAAAAGGCACCUGGUGGCCUGUGAUUUCCAAGAGAAGAGUGCAGCAUUUACUCUUACCAUCUAGAAAGUGAUGUGCUUUUUCUUCCUUUUUAAUGAGGAAGGAGAAACAUGGAUAAGAUGGGGUAGCCCUUUUAAUGAAAUAAUAAUAAUAAAUAAAUAAACCAAACCAAACCAAACCUAUGGACCCUUCUCAUUCCAUUUUAGCAACCUUCUGGGUAAGAACUGGUCAAGCCAAAGUCAGCUGAAAAUAUUUGCUGAUUAGUAGUUUCAAAAUCUCAGAGCACUCAGCAGUGCUAUUCUGAGCCAUUCUGAUUUCCUGAAAGUAACUCCCAGCCUUCCAGAACAUUCUGAUUUCCUGAGCCAUUCUGAUUUCCUGAAAGUAACUCCCAACCUUCCAGAACAUUCUGCAAUACCAGAAUCUUCCCCUUUGGUUGGCUCAUGUGGAUAAAUGCUCAUCAUGGGUGUGUUAACAGCUUAAUCUUUGACACUGCUUUCUCUUCCACAAAGAAAAUAAGUCUGGCAACACACGUCUAGGCCAGCAUGGGCCCUGGGCCCGGCAGUGAGACAAAAGAAUGCUUCCCUCUGCGUGCUUCAAAGCUGGGCCUUGCGGUGGCCUGAGCAAUAGCGCCUGUUUGAUGCACUCUGUGACUCAUCUGCCUCCCUGCACCCAUCCUUUGAGUUUGUGGGUAGCCAGCAGACAGGCCAAAGACUGAACGGUGCUUUUGAUUCUGUCCUUCAGAGGGGUGGAACAGGUAUUUCCAUCUGAUGUGCAUUUGGUAGGAUUUUUUCAAGUGAGAUUCCACAGAGUCAAAGGGAACUUCACUUACAAAAAUCACAAUGUGCUUUAAAACCCAGAGGUGGCCCUUUGAUUUAUGCAUGUCUUUGCCCUCUGGACAACUUAAUAUUUCAAGUAAUUGAAUAGCACUAACGCUAAGCCUGCCCACCUGCCUACCUCCCACUCCUGGAAUAGUCCUGCUUCAUUGAGUUGUUGGUGUUGCUGCAGUAGCACUGAAGGUGCUGUGGGCACCUAAUCCCAAACCCGAAUUCCCACAGUAGGGGCCCAGCUUUCUCUCCCGGUAUCCCAGCAGCAGGUAUUCCCUCCUCAACCGCCCUGCCCCAUGACCGUGUGUUGGUGGCAGGACACCGUACAGGCUAGGGCUUUCAGGCUGACUGCUGGAGCCACAUGCGCUGAAUCCCACCAACCAUGUCUGUCCUCAGCGGGCCAGGUGGGCUCUUUCAAAAUGGGGUUCUGGGGUUAGCAGUAAGGAAGCCCACUGGCUGUGGUUUUGUACAAAGCUCCUUGUGGAUGUUCUGCCUGAGUAGCUGGUUCUUUUCAGGGGACGUGAAGCACAUGGCUUCUUAAAGAAUAACCCGGCAAAUUUCUUCUUGCCAUGAAAGGGGCACCAUCCCACUGUACUGUAGUAUUUGUUUUGGUGAUUAUUGGCCACAUCGUAAGUAGGUAGCUGUUUUGCCAUGAGUGUGAAUGUGUCUGUUGUUUCCUGACUUUAAGCAAUGCAGAACAAGCAAUAAAUGGCACUCUGAGAACGACGUGUUGGUGUCCAGUCAGCACUCUGGGGUACAUUCUGGCACCUCGGGCUGAGGCUUCCAGCCCAAGAGGCUGGGCGAUUACUGAGCUCACUCACCCACACUCAGUUGUGUGGUUGCUUACAGCUUUCCUACAAAAUACCAAGCAAAACAGAGUUUGUUUUCAUUUUUCUAACGCACAAACCACUCUUUCUUUGCAUCCUUUUGCUUUCUUGGUUUAUUUGAGUUGGUGACAAAUGCCCACAUCUUCACACUGGAGGCUGAAAGUGGGACAUCUCUGCCAUCCCUCCAGCUAUAGAGGCAGGAACUCUAUUCUUCCUGGUGCGUGGGACCCUCAGACAGGCUGGAUGGCCAGACAUCUGGCAAAUAGUAAAGGGGACCCUGAAGCAAUCCUAGCCUUUGCAGCAGGUUGAAAUAACAUUCCUGAUUCUAGCUGCCUGUAGAAUAGGCAAUGGGGUGCUUUCACACUUCUACCUCCGUGAAGCAAUGCACCAACUUCUCAGUGAUACUUAAAGGGUGAAGUUAGGGACGGGCCAUCUGCACUCACCAUGCUGUAACCGUUGCUUAGAAUCUGGAGAACCAGGAAGAAUAGGGAUCUAGGCUUUAGUGGGGAAUUUAUAGAGUCCAGAAGUGGCAUUUAGGGAUGAAAGAAAGAUCUCAAGUCAGAAGUGGGGUUAGCACAGGAGGCGGGGGUGAUACACUCAACAGCAAUCAGAUUUUCUUCCUCUUUUUAAAGUUUAUGCAAGACUGGAGCCUGGAGUUUGUAGAGUCUGGGAAGAGAUGUUUGUUCCGUCCAACUUAGCGAAGGAGCGUAGAUGUUCUUGGCACAAAGAGGCGGGAGCUUUGCUUCGUUAAUCUUACUGCUUGAUCCUAAGGCUCCCUGAAGUUUUAAGCAGUUUCUGCAAGAAGAUCUCCCGAAGUGAUAAUGUAACACAUAAGCCCCAACUGAACAAUGAUGACAAAAACAAAAGCAGGGAAGCAUGUGGGACAGCCCCUGUGGAGCUCUGAGGCGGGAGGGCUGCCUCUCUCCUCUGUCACCCACUGCUGGGCGCCUGCUCAGCCUGCCCUUUAGGGUUACCUGUGAUGAGGGCCCUGGACUCAGCCCUCCACACAGCCACGAGCUUGAAGGCCACUGCCCAAAAGCAAGCACUUGUCCCCGCCUCCACAGGGCCAGGAGCGCAUCCUCUAAGAACUCUAAAAACAGCUCGGAGGGAAGAGCGCCAUGUGCCGGGCAGGGAUAAGAUCGCCCUGCAUUUCUGCAAAGCUGAAUAUUUUUCCACAUUCCUUUGCACUCAUCUCAUUUGUCAUAAGUCGUUCUUCAGUUUAUUGGAGGGACAGAGUUGUUCUAAUUUCAAGGAAGAGGGAAGCCGGGGACUCUAUGGCUAUCUAGUCAUGUGCGGCAGAGUUAGAACUUCCCCUCUGAAGAGCAGGCGCUGUGUUUCCUUUCUGUGACUCUGCUGUCCGCUCCUAGGGGAAGAUUUUUCAUUGUCUUUGUACUUCUGAGCUUAGCAGCACCUUGAGAUAAAAUAAAAAAUGCAAUUAAACAUGCAUAGCCAGAAGGAGAACCCAUCGAAUAGACACCAUUCAGUCAAUUGGUCCAUUUAAUGAUGUACAAACCCUCUGGAACUUCUGUGACACAUGAGGACCCAUUCACAAAACUCUUCCAAGAAGUUCAGGUACUUUUCUAUUGUUUAAAGAGGAUUUCUCACUGACGCUGUGCAUCCUCCUCCCACCUAGCUAUGGGAAAUGUGGGUGGGUGCUAAGGUUUGCAUAUAUGUGCUUCUAGUCAGUGUCCACCAGAUACACAAGAAGAAUUUGAUGGGAGAGAAAUUAAAACCCAAACGCACAAGUGAUGAAUUGAUCCAGGCCUACAUCAGCCUAGAGGGAGCACGUGGAGCAAGACAAUGAUGCAUUUUUCUUCUCCACGGAGUGAGAAGCUGGGUAUUUUUAGCAAGGAAAUCAGUGCAGGAUGCCGGAGGUUUGGCUGCCAGGAACAGGCAUGAUGGAAAGCUCUCUGGCCCUGGGUAUAAUGAAAGAGAGCAGGUCUGAAGGUGUGCAUAUCCUUUCGCAUGCCACUUACAGACAAUGUCCUUAGCAGGCUGUUUGAGUCCUUCGCAGAGAUCCCAGCCCCUCAAGUGCAGCUUUGGGAGAAAGUCUCUCAGUUAGACAGUGGCCACGGAUUCCUUUCCACGGUGCAUGGGAACGGAGCACAAGCUGUAUGAGAAAGGUGGACCGGAAUCCAGGCACCAUGGAAAGUGAAAGGGCAGAAACGCAGGCGGAUGGCCCAGAUGGAAGCGGUUUUGGGAAAGCAGAAAUUAACCUGGAAGCAAAGAAAAAGUGAUCACGAUUUUCUUUGCUACAGUCAGGCAAACAGAGUGUAGGAUGACCAAGCACAUUAAAAACAUCUGAGUGAUUAUUGCGAAUAACCCAUUGUGAUGCCUAUUCAAAUAAGAACUCUGCUUCGAGGCUGCUGAGCUCUGAAUGGAGGCCCUCUUCUUACCGUAUUCCAUUGCUUGUAUCAGAAGCCACCUUUUUCUAGUAGAAAACUAUGCAUUCCUUAGCCAUCCCUUGACUAUCAAGAAUGUAUAAGAACUGUGAUAAAAUAGGCCAGUAUGCCAUUUGGUACUGUUUUUAUGUAUUAUAAUUGCAUAACUUAGGUAAAAUAAAAAUAGUUUGUAUGUGUAUUAAAAUAAAUUUUGCAGUAUGCAGACAACUAUGGAUGCAUUUGAAGGCUGUAUACAUAUUUUUAGCUCUUUUUGGUGGAGUUAACAUGAUAUGCCUCUCAAUUCCGUAUGUUCUGUAAGCUUGUGAAUAAAAGGUAAUUCCUGUCUAAUGCA